ACGGAGAAGGCGUUUCUGAAGCAACCAAAGGUCUUCUUAUGCUCGAAGAAAUCUGGUAAAGGCAAAAGGCCUGGAAAGGGAGGUAAUCGUUUCUGGAAGAACAUUGGUCUUGGUUUCAAGACUCCCAGAGAAGCUACUGAAGGUGCAUACAUUGACAAGAAAUGUCCCUUCACUGGCACGGUUUCCAUCAGAGGCCGUAUCUUGGCAGGAACUUGUCACAGUGCGAAAAUGCAGAGGACGAUCAUUGUUCGGAGGAACUAUCUUCAUUUUGUUAAGAAGUAUCAAAGGUACGAGAAAAGGCAUUCGAACAUCCCCGCUCAUGUCUCGCCGUGUUUCCGUGUCAAGGAAGGUGAUCACGUGAUCAUCGGGCAAUGCAGACCGUUGUCGAAGACAGUGAGGUUUAAUGUCCUAAAGGUCAUUCCAGCUGGAAGCUCUGCUUUCGGGAAAAAAGCAUUCACUGGUGCGUAG